AUGCAUAAAUGCAUUCAGUGGCCAUUGAUUAUUGACAUCCGUGUAGCAGCUGCUCGAGACCUGUCAAAAACGCUCGAUGCAAAACCGGCGCGUGUAGAGCGUGAAAGAAACGCACGAAAGAGCGGCAACAAUAUUUUCUACAUCUUUAGCUUCCCGAAGUCUAGCGAUAGUUGCAAUAUAAUCAGCAGUAGUACAAACGACGGAACAAUGUCGUCCGACAUCAGCCUAGAAUUGGUGAAUGUUUUGUCGUACACACGUGAACAAAGUGCCGAAAGUUCGGACACGGAAGAAAGAUGUGGUGUACUGGAAAGGAAUGGAAUCACCUGGUAUGCCCGUGGUUCCGUGCUGGAAGUGUUUAACAUGAAUUCCAGCUUCAAGGUUAUUUCACACAAUUUUCAUCCAUGUACCAGCAAAUCAAAAUCAUGCACGGUCGUAUGUGUGGAAGAAGUGGAAGCGAUGAGGUGUGCGCUUCUCGCCGUGGGACUGCAACUAAGCAGCGAACAGUCGCAGAUAGUGUUCCUCACUGUGCGCGGUGGUCGCGAGGUAGGACGGAUUGAUGUGCAGGAAGAUGUGAAACUGUUACGCUACAUCGAUCCUAACUCUUGUUCCAAUGGGCUGCUGAGCAAGUACCAGGGUUGUCUUGCUGCCGGAACCGAAGAUGGCAAAGUCAUACUGAUCGAUCUUUGCUUCAGGCGGUUACAAAGUGGAUUUGGCAUGGAAGUGGCUAUGAAUGAACCCGGCAAACGGCAGUGCCACAUAGAAUUCUCGCGAGGAAACAUAAAGCAGUUGGCACAGAACCACGAGAAGAUCCAAGAACGGGGACUGUACUUUGGAUUGCAGUUGAGUCACAACGAGCAAGCAUCGGUAGAGUGCAUUCUGGACAUUGUACCGCUGAAAGUUAUCUGUAUCGGAUUCGCGGACGGUACCGUUCUGCUCUGGGAUUUGGUUGACCAUUCCAUAAUGCACCGAAUAUCACCGCCGACGGAGGAUUGCGCAGCGGUUGCACUGAACUACGUUGAACCCAGUGAUGAUCCAAAGGCUUGUAUGUAUCUGUGGAUACUCUAUGCACACCCCGAGGGCGCGUUUGCCUUUCUGCACAUGGUAAUGUGCGAGGAAAAGUACAGCCAGCAGGGAGUGUUUGUGUACGACCAGUUUCUGUCGUGCUCGUCAGUGCUCAAUCUCACCAGCUACGAUCCGGGAAGCGUUCCGUUGAACGUUCAAACCGUCACGAAGAAGGUUUUCCAAGAGGACGAACCAAUCACGCUGAGCGUGUUGAGUUGGAUGAGUUCGAACGGUAUGACCACUGUGCUGGUGUUUGAUCUGAACCAAUGGUACAAGGCAGAGAUGCCGUAUGAAUGCGAUUGGCAGCAGGAACUGACCCACACGGUUGUGUUUCAGUUGCAGGAAGCUAGUUUUCACGCUCGGCUCAACGAACGUUCCUUGGUGCUGUUUCGAUCAAUCCAGCGACCGGAGGAACAUUUUUAUCCCAGCUCGUUGGCAUUCGAAAUCAUGAACUUUAACGGCAUCAAUUGCACCACGCACCGAUGGAUCGGUUUGCAGAACAAAUUGCUUCAGUAUCUCGAACAGGACGGUGCAAAUAGCGUCAUUCACCCAGCUGGACUGUAUGGAAUGCUUUGUCGCGCCGCCCUGUUGCCACAGUUCCAUGAACCCAUAUCGCCCUCCGAGGGCGUUAUGAAGGAACAGCGUGAAUUUGUCCUUUCGCUUGGGUUGGAAUAUAACUGCCACAUGUUUCUGCAGAGCUGUAUCGAUCUGUGGGCCGAUGGGAGCCACCUCGGAGCGGAACCCGAACAGGGUGUAUCGCUUUCGACGAUAACGGACUGGAUUUGGAAUCGAUCGAAGGCGCUAAAGUCGGUAUGCAACCGUAUGCUCGCAGCGCUAAUGACCGAUCCGGCUGGCAGACGGGUUGAUGCCCGAACUCAGGAUGCGCUUUCGCACUGCACUCGGCAAAUGAAACAGUUGGCGGAGCUGUAUCGAACGAUCAUGACCGAUUGUUUGGAAUUUAUACCGGAAAAUGUUCAGGGACGGCUUUUGAAAGAGUCUGCAUCGAUUACGGCAGCGGCAGAAUAUCAGAACAUUCUUCAGUGGCUUCUUCAUAUUGGUAUUCUACCAGAGGCGCCUACAUCGGAUGAAGAAGAUCUCGAGAGCGAUUGCUUACUGUUGGUGGCGUAUCCAUACGCCCGACUGUUGGAAUUCUAUCGCAAGCGGCGACACAUGUUGGACGAGCAGAAGAGUAAAGCCGUUCCCGAUUUAUCGACUUCCGGCAAACUGCUCUUCAUCGAUAACUAUCUGGAGCGUGAAUUUGAUGUUGAGACCAUUUGGAAGGCGUGGCAUGAAGAUAGCCCCGUUAACAGACAGGCAGUCUAUCCACCUUGCUCGAUACAGAAAGCGUUGCGCAUUUUGCUCAUUCCCGAUGUACCACUGGAACGGAAGCUCGUAGUGCUUCUGUAUCUAUUCAUGGAUGUUGUUGCAGCCGUGGAGGACGAACGAUUUUUAAAUGUCGUGCGUCAGUUAGAGAAAUUUCCACGCGUAUUUAACGUGAAGAUUGGGUUGAUGGAACGUGUGCGCGCAUUUUGGCAUUUGGAUCACGGAAACGUAUCGGAAACGGUGAAUGAAUUUCUUUCGCCUCUAUCUACUACGAUCGAAUUUCCCCAAUGGCAUCGAGAAUUGACGGUGUCAGUAUUACUGCGGCUGAAAGCUCCAAACCUCGCACUGAAAGUGCUCCGAGCCCCGGGAAGUCCGGUUUCGCCGCAACUGGAAUUAACGACACUGGUGCAAAAUAAUCUUAUCUCGGAAGCGUUUAGCUUGCAGCGCCGUACACCGCAACCCGACGGUCGCCAGUUGGUUUGGUUCAUUGAGGCCAUCCUGAUGGCCGGUACACCGGAAACACUGCUGGAGUUUGCACUCAACGAUGAUGAGAAACAUGUGCUGCGAAGCUAUCUACGAGACUGUCCGCUGGAAACGAGCGACAGCCUAAUGCUGGGCCAUCUGUUGCAAAAUUUAGAAUUUGUUGAAGCAGUCCAGUUUGUAGAGCGUUUAGGCCGGAGACGCAACGUGGAGGUGCAGAAGGAAAUUCUUGGCCUUUACCACAACGCACUUGACCCCAUGAGCCAACAGUUGGCGUAUCUCACGUAUCAACAUCCAAAUGAGCUGGAACCGAAGCUUGCACAGGGAAAUGAUCCAAACUCGUCACACACGCUGGAAACGUUGAGUACGAGUCUGAUACGUCAGAGGGCCGAUUUUCGUGUGCGCGUACUGCAUCAAUCCAUAGCGGCUGUGAAGGAAGCUGCGAUCAAGACGGGUCUGCAGCACAAUCGACCGUUCUUGGAUAAACCGAGUCUCGGUGUGUUCCAAUGUCGGCCUACGGUACGCAGUUUAAACGUUUGCUAUCCUGUCCGGUUGGAUCCGUCAAUGAACAAGCGACGUCAGCGGGACUGGGAUGUUUCGGACGAGGAUCUUGCGAAGGGUCGAAAAUCGUCCGCGCCGCUGCUGAAUGAGGAGGACGGGUACGGAAAUCCUAGAAAGAAACGGUACCUUGGACCGGAACACACUGCAGCGGCAAAUGAAGGCACGGUGCGGAGGAAGUUUACCAAUUUCGAAGCACCCAUUCCGGUGAUUCCCGAGUUUCGUCCAAUGAAACCGAAAUUCAACUUCACCGCAGCCAAUUCAACUCUCAUAUCCAGUAUGGAACGGGCUGCCUUUACCGCGAAAUCGACCAGUCAUUCACCGAGCAUUUUUCUUACCACGCCACCGUUUGCGAAGAAGCAACAGCUCCAGCGCGAUGUACAGAAUCGUUCGGAUACGGUAGAUCAAGAGGAAGCACACGACGAUUCCUAUACUCCACCAGGGAUUCUGAAGUCGAGCCAAUCGUUGCAUGGUCGUAACAGUUCUCCGAUAUCGCACGAUCGUACACCACUAGAAGUGGAAGAAAAAGUGCUGCGCUUUGAUUUGCCAGCUGGAUCUACUCUCGAGGAUUCUUGCUUGGUAGAUAGCAUGAAACAGCAACCGAAUGAAGAGGAGGUGGUGGACGGUGUAGCCGACUCCGAUGUGGGUACACCGGUGGUCCGCAGUGAGCUCGACUUAUCGACCAUCUCCAACGAUGAUUUCUACUCACCGGAAGCUACAAUGGAGCAGAACAGUUUCCAGCAAGUGCUUGGCUCGGGUGGGCUGCACGGACGUCGAUCGAUACACAGUUCCAGCGCGGGCACUCCUAUUGCUGAUCUGCCCGUGGUUGCUGGGAAUAACAUCGCAAUCAUCAUUGAAGAUCACUGCGAGGAUAAUUGCCCGAAUAAGGUAUAUGCAUACGAGCAACGGCAACAGGAAGAGGAAAAUAUGGAAAUGGAGGUGGAUGACGAAAAUGUGCCACCACCAAAUUUGUUCGUGAUCGACGAUAGCGAUGGAGAGCCGAUGAACAGUAAUCAACAAGCGCCGGUGGCGGAUGAUAAAUGUGAUGAAAUUGUAAUCCUUGAUGAGCAGUAUCCACGCGUUGCUGAGGAUGAAUAUGACAAAAAAUGCACGGAUGAAGUUGACAGUGAUGGGAGUGAAAUAAAAGGUGAAAAGCAAGCUGGGCAACAACAUAUGCGAGGCGAUACUCCGCAAAGCGUAGUCAUGAAAGGAGAAGGUGACGAAAAUGUUACCUUAUCGCUCAUUGAUGAGGAAGAAGAGGAAGAUGAAGAGGAAGAGGAGGAAGAAAUAGAAUAUGAGGAGUACGAAUUAUUAGAACACAUUGACGAUGAUGAAGAUGUUUAUGAGGAAUCGAUAAUGGAUGAGCAAAACGAUGAACACCAUGAAGAAGCCAGCGAUAAUCAAGAAGUAGAUGAUGAUGAUGAGGACAGUGUAUUAGAAGUGAUCGAUCUCAGCGAUGAGGAAGAGGCUUUGCCACAGGACCCGGAAGACAUCAACCAUCCGGAAGAAAUUGUCUUCAGUUCCUCAGAAACUUCUUCGACCUCGUCAUCUGAUGGCGAUGAAGAUGACAUGCCCCCACAAGGUGCCGCAUUGAUGAAUGUAGCGGAUCAUGUCGAGCUCGCAGCCGGUGAUGUAGCUGAUGCCGAAAGUAGCCCGCAAGGAUGGCAUUACGAAGAGUUGUCAACCGAUGCAAACGUGCAAAAUCUUUACGAUGAUAUCAUUGAGCUAGAUCGGGUUGGCGAACAGCAUGAAGAAGAAGCGUUUGCAAGCACAACUCCCGAUGAUGCUAUGGGUUACAUACAGGUACCCACCACAUCUUCUUCAACCCAUCGUACUGAAGGUGAAGGAUUGACUACUUCCGGGGGUGGUGAUGGUGAGGCAGAAUCUUCCGAGGUAGAAGAUUUAUCGGUAGCGCAGCAAGAGGCGGAUGCGGCUGUUGAUGUGAUUGCAGCACGGGAUCUUUCGGUCGCAGGUGGUGAACAAUGGUCGGAUAAUGUGGCCAGUUCUAGUUCGAGUCUAUCUCCCGCUAUCUCAUCGGUGAAUGCGUCAGUGCCGGUUGCGAGUGUUGCAUCGAGUGCUGGGACCACCACAUCGUCACCAACAUCGCCGACAGCUCCGACACAGGAGAAAGCUUUGUUUGGUCGACCAAAGAAUGCACACGAGCUUGAGGUGCCGGCAAUGAAUUUGUCGGUCAAACCGGAUGAAGCCCAUGGUUCUAGCCGCAAGAAUAGUAAGGGAGAAGAGAACGGUCUAACGGAAGACGCGCGUGCGUUAAAUCUAUCUGCUGGACAGCAAGAGCUGGCCGAUCAGGGCGUAGGUACAGAAGAUGAAAAUGUUAGCAGUAAUCAAGAGGAAGAGAAUGAGGAUAAGCGCGAUGUUAUCGAUGAGGAGAAUAGUGAUGAAGAAGCUAACGUUACAACGCGUGACUUACAGGAAGCGCAAUCUUCAGGCGAGGCCAAAGCAGAAGAAGUGGAAAGUGAAGAAAUGGAAGUUGAUUUGCGAGUUUCAGACGAUGAAGUAGCAAGUGAAGGACACGCUGAGCAGUCCACUCACCAGGAACGUGUUGAACCAGAUGAAUCCGGUAGAAUGGUUCCAGUUGAAGCUAAAUCAACGGACCACGAUAGCGAAGACACUCGGCAUGAAGAAACUACUCCUACUCUACUAUCAACAAGCACACGCCAGCAUUUAUCGCGCCAUGAUGAAGCAGAGGCCUCCACCUCGACACCACGCACGAACGUCAAAACACGACUAAUGGCAGCGUUGGAAAAAUCGGCCACAACAGUCGAACAAUCGCAAACGCCGACAAGACGGCGCAACAUCCGUGCAACAUCAGUAGUAGGGGAAACAACGAAUACACCGCUUUCACCGAUGCUGUCCCGCAGUCGGCGAUUUACAUCGGCAGACAAUCUGAGCGGCACGCCGGAACCAAUGCUCACUCCGCGUCGUUCGACGCGAGCUUCAUCGAUGGUAAAGGAGCUGUUUUCGGGCAGUGGUACGCCACAGAAACGAUCACGCCGUACGUCGCAAGCAUCCAACGAACCGGAACAUCAUCCCGAAUCCGUAGCGAACAGUCCCACGAAGGAGUCCGUCGACGAACAGCAGGAACCGUCAGAACGAUCGUUUGCAAGCUCCACGGCCAGUAGCACACGGCGCAGUAUGCGUACCAGAAAGUUGGCCAAAACGCUGCAACCACCGGAAUCAACCGCUGGUACUUCUUCGGAUACGCAACAGGUGACUGCUCCAAUGUUGUCCGAAUACUCCUCAAACCGUCGACUCACCCGACACCAGCUGGCAGUGCUGGAGAAAUCGAUGGAUAUGAUCGGAUCAAGCAGUGCACCGCGACGAACAUCGGUGGAUCGCAGAAGUCAUGAUGUGGGCGGUGAUAGUGAGUCGGAAUCGGUCGUAUCGAACGUGAGCAAUCAGUCAUCAGUAAGAACCACACGAUCGCGUGCUAGCCGCACGACGACCACACGCUCAAAACGCGGCGGCAGCAGUAAGCGAAAUGAUCCCGGCGAUGAGCAAAAUGCAGAUUCCGAUUCUGAUCAAUCGAUGGUGUACGCGAGCAGCCAACGAUCCGCAAUGGGGUUGGAACCGAUUGCGGAAGAAAGUGAAACUAAUCCCGCUUCUACACGGAAACGCCGUGGACGGCCAGCAAAAAAUGGGAAGUAG